AUGCAACCGAAAACUUUAAAAAAAAUACUUGUGCUUCUGCUUGUUUGGAUAUUUUUCCCAAUACUUGUGCUUCUACUUGUUGGAGUAUUUUUCCCGCUAGCUUCCCAAACUGACGCACCGCCGUCGCAGUGGAAAGUUCCACUAAGCCCUAACCGGGUUUUCAAAGUAUUUUCAUACUUGCUUAAUUGCUUGUAUGAAAAUUUAACCGGUCCAUUUAUUCCAUCAAUUGUUCAAUAUGGUUGGCAUAAAUUAUCCAGUCAAAGAAAGAAGAUAACUGUCAAGAAAAAUAUUAAAUAUAGCUCAAGGAAUCGACUUGACAUAUACUUUCCUGAUCGGACUUCCACAAGGAAUAGUCAAGUUUUUUUUGAUCACCCUGGAUUAUCCCAAAAUGCAAAUAUGACAAGCCCAUCUCUUGUUGAAUCUCCUGUAAUUAUUUUCAUUAGUAGUUCUUGGAUUUCCGGAAAUAAAACAACCUGCAUGCCGGUAGCCCAUAAUCUACAAAGCCAGGGUUAUAUUGUGGUAGUCCCUGACAUUACACUUUAUCCAAAAGUAUAUGAUCUAUUAAGGGAAAGAUUACUGAAAUGGUUUCCGACGUUCAACAAUGCAUUCAAUGGACAUAUAGUCAUAUUAAGCACGCAAUUCCGUGGUGAUCCUUCACAGAUCUAUCUAAUGGGUCACUCCGCAGGGGCACUCUUAUCUGCUUUAACUGUGAUUCACGAUGCUUGCGCCAUUUUGCACGCACUUCCCAUAAACACAACAGAUGUGAGAAUUCCCGUUUGUGGUAAUACUAAUGGAAGGGCUGGGUUACCUAGAAUUCAAGGGCUAAUCUUAUUUUCGGGUGUUUAUGAUACAACUUAUCAUUACGCAUAUUUACAUCAACGAGGUCUUGAACAAGUGCACGCUAUGCCACGAGUAAUGGGAAAUACACCUGAAUCUUUACUUCAAUGUUCACCUACUUAUUUACUCAAUUAUGCUUUCAAUAAUUCACAACACCGUGCUCAGCUAAGAAUGUUAUUACCUCGAAAAGUUGUUCUAAUCCAUGGAGAUAAG